AUGCACAGCAUACAGUACUUCAGUAACGAUUUGAAUUACGCGGUUAUCGCUAUCAGCAAGCAUCGAUGUUAUACGCAGCCAAUACAUCACCAAAGUGACCGAAGGUUUGCUAUGCGGUCUGGCGGGCUGCUAGACGUACGUAUCCUGUAUUAUAUGGGAAUAUGGGUGACGCAUGACGGUUCGGAUGUCGUAUGUCGUUACUUUCUACUUGCUGUUAAAAGUCUCGACUUCAUGGAGGGGAAAAGAAGUAAGAUUUGGCAGUUUUUUAGCAAAGAAACAGAAAAUAAGGCGAAGUGUGAUAUAUGCCAAUGUUCGUAUUCGAUCAAAGGGGGUUCAACAACAAACUUAAAAAAACAUUUAAUGACAAAACAUCGACCGUCCUAUGAUAGCGUAUUCUCGUUAAAACCUUCAACAUGUAUAUCUAACCAGCCUAGUCAACAACCUGUUAAUUUACCAGAAUGUUCGCAAUUUCAAGCUUCUUCAAAUGAACCUAAAAGAAAGAAAGAAGCUCAGCAAACCGACAUCGCAUUAUUUACUAGAAAACCUCUAAGUGCAGCACGAGAGAAAAAAAUUAAUCAUUUGAUUUUGAAAUUAAUAAUUAAGGAUCUGCAACCUUUCUCUAUAGUGGAAGAUUCAGGUUUUAUUGAGUUAAUCAAUUAUCUUGAACCAAAUUAUCCAAUUCCUUCGCGAUAUAUGCUUAGUAGUGGUUUGCUGGAUGCGCAAUUCACGUUGGUGAAAGAAAAAUUAAAAGACGAGUUGAAACGUGCAUCACAUAUAUGUUUAACGACAGACGGAUGGACGUCUCGUGCUACAACUUCUUAUCAGGCAGUAACAGCACAUUACAUUUUAGGAGAUAUUUGGGAAAUGCGUUCCGCCCUCUUGGGUUGUUUCGAAUGUCAAGAGCGACAUACGGCCGAUUAUAUAAAACAGGAGUUGAUACAUCUUGUGACUGAUUGGGAGAUCAAUGACAAAAUAUUUGUUUGCGUAACAGACAAUGCAUCAAAUAUGAAGGCUGCUAUUCGGCUGACAGGGUGGGAACAUUUUCCAUGUGUUGCCCACACUUACAACCUAAUAGUUCAGGCAAGCCUUCAGACAAUACAAGAACCUAUUAAAAAAGUAAAAUGCAUUGUUGAAUAUUUUCAUAGGAGCUCUAUUGCCACAAAAAAGCUAUAUGCAGUGCAAGAACAAUUAAAACCUGGACAAAAACCCCUGAAACUUAUAAUGGACGUUAUAACUCGUUGGAAUAGCACGUUAGAUAUGUUAGAAAGAGUUGCAAAUCUACAAGAGCCUAUAGAAGCUGCAAUAGGUUUGUUGCAUAAUCCAGUUGAAAACCUAUCAGAAAACGAAUGGCGAAUUCUUCCAGAAGUUGUAAAAAUAUUAAAACCAUUCAAACAACUUACUGAGGAAUUUUCGUCUGAAAACGAAGUGACUAUUUCAAAAAUUUUGGCAGGAAAUUCCAGCGUCUUACGAAUACUCAAUAACUUGAAUAACACCCUGACAUGUGAUUUGUCCAAACAAUUAGUCUCUAAACUGAAAGCCGAAUUUAAUAUCAGGUUCAAAAAUAGCUCGCGACACCAAGUUCUAUCAAAAUCUGCGAUUUUGGACCCUAGGUUUAAGAGACAAGCUUUUGCUGACGAUUCAUGCUAUGAGUAUGCAAAAAAUUCUGUGAGAGAAGAAUUGGAAAGGAUGAUGGCAAAACCAUCGUUUGUGAAUGAAUCCGAAAGCGAAGAUACAGAUUCUCCUAUGUUUGACGAGCAACAAGACUCUAUUUGGCUAGAGUUUGAUAGAAGAACAACAACCAUGAGUACUACAGCAUCAAAGACAUCUGCCAGUAUAAUUACCUUUAGGCAGUAUAUGGAAGAGAAGCUUUUAUUUAGAAAAGAAAAUCCACUUAAAUGGUGGCACGCGCGAACACUUUUAUAUCCAGAAUUGUCUAAUUUAGCACAAAAAUACUUAUGUGUGAUGGCUACAUCGGUGCCAUCGGAAAGAAUUUUUUCCAAGUCGGGGCAAAUAUUAUCAUAA